GUCAAGGCCAUAUGCGUAGAGGUGCCACAGGCAUCCUCUGGUGAUGUCGUCAGGGCCUUUAACAAAUGCCUGGCGCAAGACGCAGGAGGCAAAUUGGCCCCGUUCGACCCUGCCAGUCUCCGAUAUGCUUCGAUUGUAGGCUCACAUACGAACCAGGCGUUCCGCGCCAUCAGAUUCAAUGCGGCGCACCCGGACGGGAAACAUACGGUUGACGGCCGCCUUUCCAUGGAAAAGUUGGCAGUCAUAGAUCCUGCCUGGCACACUGCGAUCUCUCAGGGAAUCCUGUGGACAGUCAUCUCUCACCAGGUGACGGAGGAGUUUCCGCAGUAUGCGCCGCUAGCGCAAGCUGCAGGUAAUGCUGCAGGACAAAUCGCUUCUGUGGAGCAUGAGCUGCAACUGGCUCGAAAGGUCAACUUGGCCAUUGAGCGAGUGAUGCGGCAGUCAGGGCAGACUCAAGUGAGUUACUUGCAGGUGUCUGGUGACAUUUUGAGAUCGCGGCCUCCAAAUGCAUCAUCGCUUCCGGGCAUCUACAGCUUCGUUUUGAAGUUUGGCGGUGGAACCGGGCCUGACGCGUUCCUCCAGCUCACUGAGAGGCACAUCCGCUCACAUGGAUAUGUCAAUCGGACCUUAGGAGCCGACCUUUGGCAAGCUCUUGCGAUGGAGCUGAAGUCCAAGACUCAGCAUGCACCGUUCCGGCACAUGAUGAUCAAGCUGGGUCUGUGCGGCCCAGAACGGAUCCUAACCGUGACAGACGUCAAGAGAAUCCUCACCAGCAAGGACGGGCUGCAGAAGAUUGCGGAGGCUGAGGCCAUGAUCUUGCAAAUCGCCAAGUUGCUCAAGCUAGUUGUGAAGGAGCACCAGGCUUUCUUGACCGAGAUGUCCCAACUUGAGAUUCAGGCUGCGGCCCUCGUUCUGCAGAAGCACAAGUUUGUCAAGUAUGAUUCCCUUCCAGCUCUUUGCAAUGACUUUCUGACAAACAUGGCAAGCCAGUCCAUGGGCCUCAGAAGCUUCUUCAUCAGUCCCGGAAUGGCGUCUCUGAGAUUGUACAGUGAAGAUGGUACUAUGGCGACUUCUGCCAGGGUGACGGAUCUUGGCUUUGAGAAGGGCAUGAAGGUGUUCAGAAAGCAUGAUAGCGUGGUUGCGACUAUCGACAAGAUCUUGCCAGAUCACAUCCACCUGUUGUUGGAGGACGGGUCUUUGUCUCGCGUGUCCUCGGACAGCUUCGUUGCUGGACAGUGGAAGAAGCACGUCGUGAAGCCGCAUGCAGUCAGCUUCGAUGAGUGGCGCAACUUUUCCCCUGUGAACAGCAAUGAAUUGUACGUGUCCAGUGCGAAGGGAGCUGUCCAAGGUGCUAUGCUGCAGCAAUACAAGGCCUUCAAGCACGAGGCAGCGCUUCAGGUUUUCCUCAAGCCCAGCAAGGACGGCCAGGUUUCCCAGACCUUUGCAGCGCACACUCUGAAGCUCCCCUGUGGCACGCCCCGUCUGGAUGUCAGGCCCAUGGAGGAUACGGUCUUCUACAAUGCCAUUCAGGUUGCGCAUGUCAUCGUGCCCGAUGACUCCCCUUGUGCUUUACUUGCUUCCUCACACGCAGGUCCCGAAGGAUGA